CAGUGCCGGGGUCGAUGCUCCCAGGAGCUGCUCCCUGUGAGGAGCUGACAUGGUUAAACUCAGUGUUAGAUCUGGCACAGCCAGGUUAGACCAGGAAAACCUAAAACUGGGUGAGAUCAGCCCGGGGCCAAAGGAACCCCCUGGUUAAACGCUGCAGGAAGGGCCAGUCCCCGUUCCCAGAGCCCCUCUGCCCAUGUCCAUGUCCCCUCACCUUUCCUCUGCUCUCCAGGCCAUGGAUUCUCCCUAUGCCAACGGAGCCUACAGCCCCCCGUACCCGCACUACCCCAGCCUGCCCCAGGCACGGGGGUUCUACUGCUCGGGGCCCCCCCGGACCCCCUACCCCCCGGAGCCCACGGGCCUGUACCGGCCUCCAUCGCCCGCUCCCGCCUGGAGCUACGUGUCCCCGGAGUGUCCCGCCGAGGGCUCCGCGCUCCGCAGGCAGCAGGUCCCUGGCUACUCCCCACCACAGACCCCGGGAAUGCCGAUCCCGCAGUAUCCGUACGGAGACAGCAGUGCAGGGGUCACGGCCCAGGGGCCUGUGCCACAGCCCAGAGCCCCAGAGGACACGUGGGGCCCCCCCUCAGUGUAUGGGGUGCAGCCACGUUACGCCUGGCCCGCGGCCCCGGGGCACGGGAACCUGUACGUGUCCGACUCACACCCCUCCUGGACCAACAGCGGGGCUCCUUCCCACCCUCCCGCCUGGGACUCACAGGACUCUGCCUACGACAGACCCGAGCAGAGCCCGAGCCAACACAGCUACUACCCCGAGGUGACCCAGCAGCCCUCGGGGCCAGCGGGGGAGCCCAGGCCGGCCCAGCCCCGGGUGCAGUACAGUGCCCAGCCCCAGGUGCAGUACAGUGCCCAGCCCCGGGUGCAGUACAGUGCCCAGCCCCAGAUGUACGACCUCACCCCACGCCGGCGGGAGCCCGGAGCCAAAGCUGCCGACCCACCUCCUGCAAACCCCACAGCCAUCCAGCCCGAGAUCCAGAGGAUCCUCCACGUCAUGGGGCAGGCCGAGCAGCUGGAGGAAGAGGUGGAUGAGUUUGUAGGGAAAAAGACAGAUAAAUCCUACCGGCUCCUGGAGGAGAUGUUGACCAAGCUGCUGCUGGAGCUGGAUUCCAUCGAGACUGGGGGCCAGGACAGUGUCCGGCAGGCCAGGAAAGAGUCCGUCCACAGAAUUCAGGCCAUACUGGAAAAACUGGAAAGAAAGGGAUUGUGAAAGCACAUCAGCCACAACACACGGCCUGUUGUUGAGGUUCCAAAGAGUUUCAGCUCUCUUAAAUCUCAGCUCUUUCUGCUACGCACUACUGACAAUGGAAAAUAGCAAUAAGCCCUGAGUUAACAAUCAAAACAAACCCACAAAAAAGCCACCCCAGAAGCCCAGCCCUGACAGACAGCUUGGCAAAGGACAAAUUGAGAGAGGUUUGAAGAAGCAAACGUCAUUAAUGAAGAUGUUGAAGAGGACUGGGCUGAGGAUGGAGCCCUGUGGGGCUGUGUACAGAAUUCCCCAGACCAGGCCCAAUCUCUGGGUGCCUCCUGCAGCCACAGAUGGUCUUUAAACACUUGCCAGAUGUGCUGCAACGUGCAGCCACCAACCAAGACUCAGGGCUUGUCCUCACUGCCUGUGUUUUCAGCUUCAGCUCCCUCACCAUAAAGCCCGUGUGUCCUCGUGGGGGUUGUUUGGCUUUAGUGCACUCAAGGAGUGACGCUGAAGUGCAGGAGGGGGGCACUGUGCUGGCACAUCACGUCGGACUGUUCCUCCUCUGAGGUGAAAAGCCAGUCUGGAGUGUCCCUGUGGACACAGGAACACAGACUGGAAAUCCCAGUUCUGCCACUGGAAAGGAGAGGUGCAGGCAGAGGAAUGAUGUCAGAACAGAUGCAGGGGGUUUGGAAGUGAUUUCCAGGUCACUUGGGUAAAAAUCCCGUUUAAUGUCCCUCUCAUCCUGUGAGUUUUGUGUCCCACUGCACAGCGGGGAGGGAACAGCUCAGCCUGUUUCAGCCUCCUGGUUACAACGUGCUCAGUGACUCAUUGCUGUGUGUGACACUUAAUAAACCCUGACAAGUUUUAAAUGUUAUUUUGUAA